CUUGUUAGAGGUUUUGGUGAGAAACUUAAGUUCUGUGGGCGAGAUGACACUUUUAACAUCCUAUGGAAUGGCCCAACUGCAACUUUGGAUGGAAUUGUAGCCCGAUUUAAAAAUCGUAAUAAAAGAGACAAAAGCCUUCAUCCAAUUCCUAUCUUAGCAGGUGGACCUGGAGUUGGAAAGAAAUUAUGUAAUGCUUUUACCAAUAUGAUUGUCAUAAACACUGCCUAUGGGAAUGGAUCCCCUACUGUUCCUUUAGACAUAACCAUUGGUGAUGAGACAUCUCUUGCAAUACGAUUCUAUUUGAAAAUAGCUUCUAAUCCUCUACUGGUCCUGGUCCUUGGAGUUGAUGAGAUUAAUAAAUUGUACGAUCUUAACAAAAACACCUUUAAGAAUCUUAUAAACAUCAUUGGAGGAACUAUGUGUGAUUCACCUGAAAACAUUUUUAUCAUUCCCAUUCUGGCUGGAACUAUUGAAGGACCUUUGGAUCAAUAUAUCUUUGGUUCUAUGCAUGAACCAUUUUUCCUCCCACUAACUUUACUUAAUGAUGAUGAUGCAAUUGAAAUUGGUAAAGCCAUGAAUCUAUUUGAUAAUGAAUAUGUCCACCUGCAUCCAUAUUUUCGAAUAAGUAUUAGUGAUAUUGGUGGACAUGUGAAAACAUUGGAAUAUUACUACAUGUAUUUUUCAGAAAAACUAGAAUCAGAAAUGAUGACAGAUGAGUAG